UUUUGGAGGCAAUCGAGCGCCCCGCCGUGUUUCAUGUGUAAAGAGCUUUUCGCAGUCCCUUAAUUGCAUAGGGCUCUGGAAUGUCUGGGAAAUGUUCAACACGUGAUGAUAUAUCAAGGCGUGUUGCUGAAGAACUUGCUUGUUGUAGUGCAUAAAUGGCGCAAAUGCAGACUGUCGGUAUACGAGGACGGUUUUUCUCCUUCAUCCGCGCUCCCAAAGGGCCUGGUGAUUCGGGGAGUUACCUGUACUUGAGAGAUGGCAUGCUUGUGAUUCAAGAUGGGCGAAUUGUUGCAAUCGGACCUACUAAUGAGGUGGAAGGAACUUUGCCACCCGGAACCAUCGUCACACAUUACGAGCGUGAGUUGAUUUUGCCGGGGUUCAUUGAUACUCACAUCCAUUUCCCUCAGACCCAAGUCAUUGCUUCCUAUGGCACGCAGCUUUUGGACUGGCUAACGCGCUACACCUUUGUGGAGGAGCAGAAGUACUAUGAUCCCGCGCACUGCACCCGACAGGCAGCGUUCUUUUUGGACGAGCUGCUGCGGAAUGGCACAACGACGGCAGUGGCUUAUGGAUCGGUGCAUCCGCAGUCAGUGGAUGCGUUCUUCACGGAGAGCGAGGAGCGCGGGACUUGCAUGAUAGCUGGUAAGGUCAUGAUGAAUCGAAACGCUCCACUGGGGCUUACAGACACAGUGGAGACGAGCUAUGCCGACAGCAAAACCCUAAUUGAGCGCUGGCAUAAGCGGGGACGGCAACGAUAUGCUGUGACACCUCGAUUUGCCAUAACCUCCACCCAGGCACAGUUAGAGGCCGCUGGAGCCCUCCUACGGGAAUUCCCGGAUGUGUACAUGCAGACCCAUUUAUCCGAGAAUUUGGACGAGAUCGCAUUCGUCCAGAGUCUCUUCCCUGAUUCCAAAAAUUACACAGACGUAUACGACCGAGUUGGCUUACUAGGUCCACGGUCUUUGUUCGGCCAUUGCAUCCAUCUGAACGAGGAAGAACUGCAGCGCAUGGCAGAUACAAGCUCCGUUGCCGUGUUCUGCCCAACAUCGAACCUAUUCAUCGGCAGCGGCCUCUUUGACAUGGCGUCCACGGAAAAGAGCAAGAGACCAGUUCGAGUAGGGCUUGGGACUGAUGUGGGUGGCGGCACCAGCUACUCCAUGCUGCAAACAGCAGCCGAAGCCUACAAGGUGUUGCAGCUCAAGGGCCAGAACUUGCCACCAGCAACUGCAUUCUACAUGAUGACUCGUGGAAACGCAGACUUGCUGAGCAUGGGAGGUGAAAUCGGUUCUCUGGAGUGUGGUUGCUUUGCUGAUUUCGUUGUUCUGGAUUCUAAAGCCACUCCUGCCAUGCUCCACCGCAUGGAAACCAUUGGCGACAUGAUCGAGGAGGAGUUGUUUGUUCUGAUGACACUCGGGGACGACCGUGCUGUGCGUGCCACAUAUGUGCAGGGCCGCAAGCUCCAUGACCGCAACCUCGCCUAGAAUUGUGCAUUCCAAGUAGGCUCCACUGCAGCUCUCGCACAAAUACUCUCCAUGGAUUCCCUCCCAUUCAGUUUUUCCACCAUUUUUUUUGUUUUUGUUUUUGUUGUUUUUAAACUUCCGGUUAGUCCGCUCACGCAACCCUGAGUGAUGAUGCAAGUGGGUCUCACAAUUUCCUGUCAUUUUUGCAACAAUGGCUGGGCCACUGGGUUGCUUUACUUUAGUUUUUUUGUUGACUGCUGUCAAAACAAGAUGGUGGGUUGUUGGUGGCUUCACUGCAUCACCACUUCUUCAUCCGUUCUUGUGAAGAAUGCCAAACUCUGUAACAUUAUGCUUUCAUUAGACUUGUCUGCUCGCCCUGGAUAACCACCUUGGUGAACUGAACAAGUGGAAUAACACUUUGUAGCUUGUAGCUCUCAUUGCAAAUUGCAGUUUUGUAUUUUUUCAACAUGGUAUUAGUGCGUUUUGUUUGCUAA